AUUUGGAAUCAAGUGAUGGAGUCGCAGAUUAUUGACAGGUAGGAUUGCUUCUGCUACGUGUCACCAAAGUUACCUUCCUCCUAUAAAUAUCCACAAGACUAUCGCAAUCUCCACUUACACAAACAACAACAACAACAAGCCCUAAGGCAGUGUGAUCAAAAUCUUGUGAUGGCUUCAAAGAGGAUUCAAAAGGAGUUGAAGGACUUGCAAAAGGACCCCCCUGCUUCAUGCAGUGCUGGCCCUGCUGGUGAAGACAUGUUCCAUUGGCAAGCGACCAUUUUGGGUCCUUCAGAUAGCCCGUUUUCUGGAGGAGUAUUUCUCAUCUCCAUUCACUUCCCUCCGGAUUACCCAUUUAAGCCACCAAAGGUUUCCUUCCGAACCAAGGUAUUCCAUCCAAAUAUAAACAGCAACGGUAGCAUCUGCCUUGACAUUCUCAAAGAACAGUGGAGUCCUGCACUUACCAUCUCUAAGGUUUUGCUUUCAAUUUGUUCAUUGUUGACAGACCCGAACCCUGAUGAUCCAUUGGUGCCUGAGAUUGCUCAUAUGUACAAGAAUGAUAGGGCCAAGUAUGAGACCACCGCUCGAGCUUGGACCCAGAAAUAUGCCAUGGGUUAAUCAUUAGUUAGGGUAUGUGGAAUGCUUUCUAGUCGAAUAAAAAAACCAACUCUUUGACAUAAAAAUUUGGUUGAGCACUUGGGCUUGACACCUCUAGCAACUUUAUAAAAAACAUAUAUCAUGUGGUACUUUUGCCGUGUUGAUUGUCUGUUUAAUCUGUUCUAUCGUUUGGUUAAA